AGCCGCCACGGCUCGCCUCACACUCCCGUCAGCCAUGUUGUUGAUGUGACACACACAACUGUCAGCAACAGGUCCACACUGUUGAAAAGCGGCUGUAUUUGUACAUUUUUAGAUAUUUACUUCUUUUGGGAUAAUAAACCUCUUCAUUGUGUCUGAGGAGCCGCCCAGGAGCCGUGAAUGAGAACCACAACCCACUCGAAAAGUCGGAAGUGGGUGAUUUUUGGCCGCGCUGCUGAAAGAGAGUGUGACUGACACUGUGAGAGCUGGACUGAUGUCACACAAGUGAGAUGGCUGUGCUUAGUAGCUGAAGACAACAUCCCUCACACCCUCUUCACCACCUGCAAAUAUGAAUGGGAAUCCAAGUAUAUGGGCAAUCAGCCUAGAAGAGAGGGACAAACAUGAUAAGAAAUUUGACACCCUCUCCCCAUCAAUGGGCUACGUAUCUGGGGAGCAGGCAAAGAAGUUUUUCCUUCAAUCAGGGUUACCUCCUGCAGUUUUAGCCGAGAUAUGGGCGCUGGCUGAUAUGAAUAAAGAUGGGAAAAUGGACCGAUUGGAGUUCUCUAUAGCUAUGAAGCUGAUAAAGCUCAAACUGCAGGGUACACCACUCCCCACAGCUCUACCAAUUAUUAUGAAGCAGCCCCCUGUGCCUGUGCCCACCCUAACUGUACCGGCCUCCACUUACGGUUUGAUGAAUAUGCCUAUGAUGCCUGGGACAAUCUUUACUCCUAUCCCCAUGGGGUCUCCUGGUUUUACGCCUAUGGGACUCAGCCCUUUAGUUCCUACAGCCACAGGUUUGAGUCCACUUGUAGCUGCUGCCUCUCCCAGACCCCUUGUUUCCACGUUAGGCACUGGUGGGCUACCAAAUGGCGGCCUAGGCCUCCUUCAGCCCACUCCAGCAGGAGCAAUGUCGACUGGCCUCCCGCUGACAACCUCAUCCUAUUCUUCUCCACUCGUCCACUCUUCCUCCUCAGCUGGAAUCAACACACCCUCACCUCUUCUCAACUUGGGAUCUAGCAGUUCAACCUCUGUGCCGAGUGACUGGGCAGUGCCCCAUGCCUCCAGACUCAAGUACAGACAGCAGUUCAACAGCCUGGAUAAACAGAUGACAGGAUACCUCUCGGGUCAGCAGGUGCGAAGUGCCAUGGCAACCACAAUGCUAACUCAAACACAGCUGGCAUCUAUCUGGACAUUAGCUGACAUUGAUAAAGAUGGCAAACUAAAUGCAGAGGAAUUUAUUUUGGCUAUGCAUCUUGUGGAUAUGGCAAAGUUUGGACAGUCAUUGCCUCUCUCGCUGCCAAAGGAGUUGGUUCCUCCGUCACAAAGGAGCAGUAUGAAUGGCUCCACUGCUAUUGUAGCACCUGUUGCCUCUUUGAUUGAUGACUUUGACGUAGAACCUCCACAGAAAAACAAGAUGAACAUGACUUUUGAGGACAAAUUCAAAGCAAACUUGGAGCGGGGCAAUGCUGAACUGGAGAAGCGACGCCAGGCUCUUCAGGAGGCAGAGAGGAGAGAGCAGGAGCGCCGCGAGCAGUUGAGACGAGAGGAGCAAGAGCGGAAAGAGAGGGAGGCGCGAGAGGCGGAGGAGAAGAGGAGGAUAGAGGAGGAGAGGAGACUGGAGAGACAGAGGGAGCUGGAGAGGAUCAGAGAGGAGGAGCGCAAGAAGGAGAUUGAGAGAAAAGAGGCUGCACAGCGAGAAUUGGAACGCCAAAGGAAGGAGGAGAUGGAACGGAGGAAGAAAGGAGAGCUGCAGAUAAAGAGAGAGCAAGACCAGGAUGACAUCAUCAAAUUAAAAGCAAAGAAACGCAGCCUGGAGAUGGAGCUGGAAGCUGUGGGUAACAAGCACAAGCAGAUUGAAGAUCGAUUGCGUGAUAUUCAAAACAAGAAGAAGCACCAGAAAACUGACAUAGAUGUAACUAAUCAGAGGAAAGAAGCUUGUCAGUUGGAUAUGAGCAACAUACAGAUGCAACUUGAAGAGUUUCAAAGGAAGUUAGCUCAGUUGAAUCCAGAGCAACGGAGGCUCUCAGAAAAACUAAAAAGCAUGGCUCUUAACGUACCUGCGUCAUCUGUGUCCACAUUGAAAUUAAAUGUCACUGAGAAAAAAGGACUAUGUUCGAAACUGAGAAAUCAACUUGAUGCUCUGGAGAAGGAGACGUCUGCCAAAUUAGCUGAGAUGGAUCAAUAUAACAAAGAUCUCCAGGAAUUAAAGGAGUCGCAGAGAAGACAGCAGGAAGCUUUAGAAAAACUACGGAGCAUCAAGGAGGAGAAGAGGCGUGAGCUACAACUAAAGAAGGAGGAAGAGGAGAGGAGGCAAGAAGAGGAGCGGAGGCGCAAGCAAGAGGAAGAAGCUCAGAGACGUAUUAAGCUGGAGAGGGAGCGCUUGGAGAAGAUGCAUAGGGAGGAAGAGGAACGACAGAGGAAACUCCAAGAAGAGAGAGAGGCCAAACGGAGAGAGGAGGAGGAGCAGCAGAGACAGGCCCUGAUCCAAGCCGCCAAAGAGGAGGCUGCCCGAGAACUCCGAGCCAAAGAGGAGGCAGAGAGAAAGAGACGAGAAGAGGUGGAACGCAAGAAACGCGAAGAAGAAGAACGACAGCGCCAAGCUGAGAAAAGGAGGCAAGAGGACGAGAGGAGGAAACUAGAGGAAGAGAGGAGGCAGCUGGAGGAGGAGAGGAGGAAGCUAGAGGAAGAAAGGAAGAAAGAGGAAAAGAGACGAAAAGAUGAGGAAGACCAGCGCAAAAGGGAUGAGGAGAGGAAGAGGAUAGAGGAGGAGAGAAAGAGGUUAGAUGAGGAGAGGAGGAGGAUAGAAGAAGAGAGGAGGCGAGAGGAAGAAAGAAGAGAAGAGGAGCGAAAGAGAGAGGAGGAGCUAAGACGAGAGAGGGAGGAGCAAGAACGUAGGAGACAACGGGCCGCUGAGGCCGCUGUUCGUGACUCAGAGGAGAGGAAAAAGAGGGAAGAAAAUGAACAGCGCAGAAAAAGAGAGGAGGAGAGAAGGAAGGCAGAGGAGGACCGAAAGAGGAAAGAAGAAGAUGAGAACAGGAGGAAGGCUGAAGCUGAUGAGGUGAGGAGGAGAGCUGAGGAGGAGAGGAGGAGGAAAGAGGAGGCAUCUCGACAGCAGCCGUCACAGGCAGCAGGAGGAGGCAAGAUAGAUGUCCUCCAAGCACUGCUGAGAGGCCUGGAGGAGAGGAAAGGUGGACAACCCAAGGCAACCUCCCACCGAAAAUCUGCAUCCCUCACAUCUUUCAAAGCUUUGUACCCAUUCACUGCACGAAACCCAGAAGAGCUGAGUUUCAAUGCAGAUGAUAUUCUUGAAGUUGAUGAGUCUGUUGAGCGUGAGCCUGGCUGGUUGUACGGCAGUAAAGAGGGCAAGAUGGGCUAUUUCCCAGAAAGCUAUGUAGAAAAGAUAUCCUCUGCUAACACAGCUACUCCUGCUUCUGCUGCGUCCAAACUGCCCCUGCAGUCCCAGCUCUCUAGUGCCCUGGAAGCAGUUAAAGCCGGGGGAACUAAAUCUGCCUUCACCCCUACUCACUCACCCCACCCCUCAGAAUCACAUGGGCAGAAGGUGGUGGGUAAUGUCUUCGCCCAGGCUCUAUGCUCAUGGACAGCUAAGACGGAUAACCACUUGAACUUCAAUAAGGAUGAUAUGAUAAAAGUGCUGGAGCAGCAGGAGAGCUGGUGGCUUGGAGAACUGAACGGAGCUCAGGGUUGGUUCCCCAAGACGUAUGUGACUGUGCUGAGCGAGGAGGGCUCUGCUGAUGCUAAGAGCUUAUCAGCGGAAAGUUCAGAUGCAAGUGAUACCCAGCAAUUUGAAGAAUAUGUGGCAUUGUACACGUAUGAAUCCCCUGAACCUGGAGACCUCACCUUUAAAGAGGGAGAUAUGAUUCUGGUUUCUAAAAAAGAAGGUGAAUGGUGGAGUGGCUCUAUCGGCGACCGGACUGGCUUGUUUCCAGGCAAUUAUGUCAAACCUAAAGAAACUGAUACAUCAAGUGUCUCUGGGAAAGGGAAAAAGCCAGAGGUCGCCCAGGUGGCUCGUGCUUACUCUGCAACAGGACCAGAACAGCUAACGUUGGAACCCAAUCAGCUCAUUCUCAUUUUGGGGAAAAACACUUCUGGGUGGUGGCUUGGUGAACUUCAGGCUCGUGGUAAAAAGCGACAGAAAGGCUGGUUCCCUGCAGCCAACGUCAAAAUCCUUGGAUCCAACAGUGGCAAAUCAACACCUGCCUCUCAACCAGUCUGUCAGGUAAUAGCGAUAUAUGACUACAAAGCCGCCAAUGGGGAUGAGUUGAGCUUUUCCAAAAGUCAGCUGAUCAAUGUCCUGGACAAGAACGACCCUGAUUGGUGGAAGGGGGAGAUAAAUGGAGUCACAGGGCUGGUUCCCACCAACUAUGUCCGAUUGACCACUUCAGACACGGAGAUCACUCAACUGUAUCCCAACAACUUUGACUCACUGGGCCCUCAAGAGAAGAAACGACAAGAUUAUAUCCAAGAACUCAUUCAGACUGAGGAGAAAUAUGUGGAAGAUCUGCAGAUAGUGCUAGAUGUCUUCCAUAGACCCAUGUCUGAGUCCGGUCGACUGACUGAGGCAGAAAUGCAGAAGAUUUUUGUGAACUGGAAGGAACUGCUACCUUGUAACAACAGGCUCCUCAAGGCAUUACAUGAACGCAGAAGCAAAGGAGGAGAGAAGGCCCCUAUUCCAAUGGUGGGAGAUAUUUUGGCCAAAGAACUUGCUCAUAUGCAGCCGUACAUUCGCUUCUGCUCCUGUCAAAUCAACGGGGCUGAACUUCUGCAGCUACGCACAGACAAUGAACCCGAUUUCAAGAUCUUUCUCAAGAAAAUUGCCACUGACUACAGGUGUAAAGGCAUGCCUUUGUCCAGUUUCCUGCUAAAGCCCAUGCAGAGAAUCACUCGAUACCCUCUUCACAUCAAAAAUAUCCUGGAGUGCACUGCAGACGGUCACGCUGAUCGGCUUCCGUUAAAACAGGCUUUAGAGAGGGCUGAGGAACUCUGUCAGCAGGUAAAUGAAGGUGUGCGGGAGAAGGAAAACUCUGACAAACUUGAAUGGAUUCAGAAUCACGUUCAGUGUGAUGGGACUGCCGAGCACUUGGUUUUCAACUCCCUGACUAACUGCCUGGGCCCAAGGAAACUCCUUCAUAGCGGAAAGAUGUACAAGGCCAAGAGCAGCAAGGAAUUGUGGGCUUUCUUAUUCAAUGACUUCCUUCUGUUGACUCAUUCAGCAAAACAGUUCACGUCAUCUGUGCCUGAUAAACUGUUCAGCAACAAAAACAACACACAGCUUAAGAUGUAUAAGCCGCCUGUCUUUCUCAAUGAAGUCCUGGUGAAGCUGCCAGACCCUUCUAGUGAUGAGCCUCUUUUUCAUAUUUCACACAUUGACAGAGUCUAUGUACUGAAGACGGACAACAUCAAUGAACGGACUGCGUGGGUUCAAAAGAUCAAGGCAGCUUCAGAGGAGUUUCUUGAGACUGAAAAGAAAAAAAGGGAAAAGGUUUAUCAAGCACGGUCCGUGAAGGCCAGUGGGAUUGGCAGACUCCUUGUCACCAUUUUAGAGGCUACAGAGCUGAAGGCGGCCAAAUCUAAUGGUAAAAGUAAUCCAUACUGUGAGGUUACGAUGGGAUCACAGAUUUUCACGUCCCGAACACUCAACGACACAUUGAACCCAAAGUGGAACUUCAACUGUCAGUUUCACAUCAAAGACAUUUACCAGGACGUCCUUUGCAUCACAAUCCUCGAGAAAGACCCAUUUUCACCUGAUGAUUUUCUUGGUCGCACCGAAGUCCCUGUCGCCACAAUAAAAAAGGAGUUGGAGAACAAGGGUGCAGUGACGCGUCGCAUUCUGCUGCAUGAGGUCCCGACCGGGGAAGUGUGGGUCCGCCUCGACCUCCAACUUUUUGGCAAAUAAGACAAUGACAAGACUACAGUCAUGAGAAAAGCUGCUCCUUACAUAGUUUUUUACCCAUAGACCUUAGCAAUAAGAAUAAUGCACAUAUCAAAAUACAAGAGCUUCAAAUACAUUUUUUUUUAAGCUUCAACUUUAGUUUUGAGGUGGAAAACAUGGAGACAUUGAGAACUAGUAUGUACUAACCUCAUGUUUACAUAUUUUAAGAUACCAAUGAGAGACUGUAUAGCUAAUAAUGAAAACUAUUAACAAAGAUUAUGCUGUCUUCUCCCUAGUCUGAAGCCCUAGGAAUUGGAUGGUUUAUGGUGACACAGUGAAAACUCAAUAAGGGACAUUCGGUCUAAACAUGCAGUCUGCCUUUGGUGUCAUGAGUUUGUUACUGUAUCAAACGGACAAUCUCAGGAUACUGGUUGACUGGGUCCGUUUUACUCUUAUGUUACGUGUGUGUAUUGUCAUCCUAGCUUUAACACACUAACCUUGGCCUUAUUACUAUAUAAACAUGUUUCAGUGUAUUUUUCUACAGAUAACUGAGUGAAUAUUUUCUCCAUAGCCAAGACAUUUUUCAAGGCAAGAUAAGAUUAACUUCCUAAAAAGGAUGGGAUUUGUGAUUGUGUACAUCCUCUAAAGCGGGUCACCACUUUUGUCAGCAAUAACAGUAUUUUAUACACAAUUGCAGUUUUGGCACUGAAACAUCCUUAGUUACUGUCUUAUUUUUUUCUGCCACUUUCACCAAGGAUAUGUUGAUGUUUUUAACUUAUGUUGAAGGUGGUUUCCGUUUUAACUGUUGCUUUUUGCCAUUGAGUUGUGGUUCUGUGUAUCGGAUAUAUAAAGUGCUGUAUUUAUUAUUUAAUUUAUGCGUGUGUGACUAUCCAAAGGUUUGCAGCAUCUGUAGCUGUUUUGGGUGUAUAGAUGUUGGUUAGAUGGAUGCGUAUACAGUUUGGUUUUUUUUUAAAGGUAAUUAACUUUUGGGUUGUCAUUAGGUUUGCGUCUCAGCUGUUUAAAGCCUUGUUUUAAUCAAGCAAAAACUGAUUUUAGAUUGUUUAAGUAUAAUUAACAGUUAUUUUUGAAUUGUUAUGUAUUUUACUUCCUUUCAUCACUAAGGGUGUAUAUGUUUCGUUUUAACUAGCUUUGUUUUUCAGCAUUAAUUUGCCAUUUUAUUUUAUGACACAGACUGUUCAGCCUGAUGUAACCUGCUGUUUUACUGUGUUUUCUGGGCUCGCUUUGGCUCUUAAUCACAGAACUCCAAUU